UGAAGUUCUUGUUAUUCAUCAACUUCAUUCUCAAGUAUAUCAGAAACCAGAGAACCUCUCUUUUCCAAGAAUUCUUUCAUUAACCAAUGGCAACUCACAAAUCCAUCAACCCUUUACAACUCAAAUUCAUCAUCUCAUCCUUACUCAUUCUAGCUCUUGCAAUAACAUUUGCCACAGCAGGUCGAAUCCUUGACGAGGAAGUGGCCACCCCAACUGUAGCACCAGAAGAUCCUGAUACAACCCAGGCGGCACCAGUUUCUGGCGCAGCUGCGGGUAAUGGUGCAGCUGCUGGGGUUACAGCCGGUAUCGCAGCACCUGCUGCUGUAGCUGGUGCUGCAGCAGGAGUUGGUGCUGCAGCAGGCGGAGUUGGUGCUGGAGAUGAUCACACAUUUUCCUUCUUCAUGCACGAUAUACUUGGAGGAUCAAACCCUUCAGCUAUAGCUGUUACUGGAAUUGUAACCAACCCUGCAACAAGCGGUCAAGUUCCGUUCGCUAAGCCUAACGGUGCAGUUUUAGCCGUAGAUAACGGUGUCCCUACUAACAAUGCCAACAGCGGAAUUAUCAGCAACAACAACGUCCCUUUCCUUACUGGCCUAAGCGGAAUUACAUCAAACGUUAUUAAUCAAAACAACGCAAACAACAUCAUUGGUGGAGGUUACGGUUUACCAGCAAUAAAUUUGCAACAAUUAGGAUCAGGAAUUAGUUUCCAGAAGCUGAUGUUUGGAACAUUGACAGUAUUUGACGAUGAAUUGACCGAAGGGCACGAGCUUAAUUCGGGUUUAAUAGGGAAAGCGCAAGGAUUUUAUGUAGCUAGUUCAGAAGAUGGGUUGAGUCAGACAAUGGCAUUUACUGUGAUGUUUAAGAGUGGAAGUUAUGCUGAUAGCCUUAGUUUCUUUGGUGUUCACAGAAUGGGAGUUUCAGAAUCACAUCUUGCUGUUAUGGCUGGUACUGGAAAGUACGUAAAUGCUAAGGGAUUUGCUACAGUUAAGACUUUUCCAGCUACAAACCAGGUUCAAGAGACAGAUGGUGUACAAACUGUGCUGCUUAUUACUGUGUAUCUUGCUUAUUAAUGUGUUUUUGAGUUAUUUGUAAUUCUGGUGUGCUUUGCUCGGUGAUUGGUUGACAAGAUUUGUAACUUUGAAUUUCUGUGUUUUCCUUUUUAUCAAUGAAGUAAUUAACCAUUUUUGUACA